CGCCAUCUUUAAGGUCACGUGCGCCUUGACGUUUGCUGUGACGUGCGACCAGGACCUGUCCAGGAUGCAUUGCGUUCGCCCAGCACGCUUUCGUCUACGGAGCAAUACAUUGGAUGCCACCCCUGUGGGAUCGCCAGCUGUCCAGGUCUCUAGUAUAGAGUAGGUCGUGAUUUCAAGUUGCAGAAGGCAUGGCACAUGGCCCUGAGUCGUUUGGGGUAAAGACACAGACGACACACGAAGUAGACACAGCUGCACGACUUGACCUCUCCGUCUUAUCUGUCACGAGUACGGAUAAGAAUUCAUCGGAAAGUGAUAUGGAAGUACUUCCCGACAGUAUCCUGUUGGAGAUCUUCAACAAGCUCCCAUUUGCGUCUCUGUGCGUUGCGGCACGAGUAUGCAAGCGAUGGCACAGAGUAUCACGCGACACAAGUCUUCGCCGAGUCAUCGACGUGACGGCAAGGCCCCUCCGCCUGAACAGGGUGCAGUCACUCAUCCACUAUCAAGUGUACUCUCAACUGGAGCAGCUGUACCUCCGAGGAUUCGUCCGAUCUGUCUACUCCAGUGGGACGCAGUCGCAAACGUGUACCAUCACCUCCAAGACACUGUCCCUCCUCCGCUUCAAGUGCCCGUCCCUCGAAGUGUUGAACCUGCAUAGCGUCUUUCUAGGGGCUAGCAGAGGCAGAGCGCAUAUCAAUGUCAAACACUUCCCAGCCACUCUAAAACAGCUGAGUCUCCGUGGGUGCCGCUUUCAGCCGACAGAUUUCUUCCAGUCCGACCCUUCCGUUGCCCUCCCUCUACUCCAGGUACUGGACGUGGCCAGCUGCGCAGUGUUUUCCAGCCACGACCUCCUGCGCUUUGCACACUGGACUUCCUUGCGAGUUCUCUGUUUCGAAGACUGCCACCGCAUCGACGAUGGGGGCAUAGAAAAUUUGGGACCGAUCUUGGAAGGCCUUCGUGUGGUCGAUAUAGAGAGCACAGACGUUACUGACAAGGGAGUGACCACCCUGUUGACGCAGUGCCCCAGGUUGGAGUCUCUCUUUGCGGGCCAUACGCCCCUCACUGGGGCAGCGUUUCUUGAGCUGGGCCCUUCUCAUAGUUUGUGUUUGAAGAAAGUGUGCCUGGUGAGGACGCCAGUGAGCGAGGACGCUCUGGUGGCUUUAGCAGCCCUUGCCCCGGGUGUCACCUCAUUGGUCGGGUCGGGGUACAGACUGUCUGGGUCGACCGUCCAAAAGCUGCGUGUUCUCUUGCCCCAAUGCCCCACGUUGCGGUUUGAAGGAUGUGCUAUCGUGACGAGAGUUUAUUUUUGUGGACACAUAAGAGGUGUUUCUUGUGUGCUCAAAUAGGUGGAACUCUGUGUGCAUUACUUUAUAACCCUUGCAAGUUAACUGUUAAAAUGUUAUAGUGUGAUACUACAGUUUUUUUUUUUU